AUGGAUAAGACAAUAGCCUCAUCCAAGGACGGGCCCGACUCUGCUGCCGCGUCUCUCGCAGGCCUGGCAUUUGAGAUCUUGGGCGACUUGCUGGAUGAAAUCGUGCUGGAUGUGGUGUCUGAAGCCCAUAGGGAGGUCAAGAACAUGCGGACGGUGUUGGUCCGGGCGGGUCAGGAUAUUUUCGGUCAGAAUCCACAGCCCAGUAACUCUCAGACGUUCGAUUGCGUACAUUGUCAGCGAUCUUUCCCAGCACAACGCUACGCACCUCAUUUGGAGAAGUGCCUGGGACUUGCUGGAAGAUCAUCAAGCCGAGCUGCUAGUCGUCGGAUGGGCGCUGAAAGGGCUGGAUCAGGAUCGCCCUUCACACCUGUGAGCUACUCCGAUGACCGAGAAGCGAGUGACUCGGAUAAGGACCUCAUUGAGAAGAAACGUAAGGCGCGCGCGGGCAAGAAGAAUGCGUUGAAAGACAACUUUCAAUCCAAUGGCAAUACAAGCGGAGCAAACGGUGGCGCUGACUAUGUCACUCCAAGUCCGGCCAAGUCUUCAAGUUCGAAGGUCAAGAAGCAGAAACAGACGGAUUCUUCAGAUUACCCUGCAAAACCACCCAAGUCCUCUCUUUUGGCAAAAUCGCACAAGUCAGGAAGCUCGACAAAGUUGAAGGGGCUUGGACUACACGCGCCAUCUUCGACAGCAGCAGCACCUCGGGACCCAACGCCUGUCGGAGAAAUCUCAUUGGGGUUCCUGGAAGACAGCCUUCUUCUUGCCAAUGGAAGGAGUCUUCAGAAUGGCAGUGGCGGCGGAGGCAACGAGAACGGCAAUGGCGCCGCCACUGCCACCGCUGCUGUAUCGACGACGGCAACAACGACAGGCACGACUCAGAAACUGUCGAGCUCGAAUCCCAAGCGUGCUUCGGGAGGAGGUGUCAGUUCAUCCAAGCGUCCGCCAGGUUCAUCGGGUCCGUCAAGCAAAAAUGGGCAAGUUUUAUCGUUUUAUGACAGCUUGAGGGCGAUCGGAAGUCCGGAAGGUGCCAGCAGUGACGAUGAAGACUACAGCAUCAAAAACAACACCACCGCCAAUCACUACAACAAUAACGGUGAUGCUGAUUACGAUGGCGUCAAUACGUACAAGAAAAGGAAGAGCAACAGGGAUAAUAAUCGCCGUAAAACGAAGAAGGGCAAAAGGGAUCUUUCAUUUGAUGACGACGAGGACUACGGCGACGGUGAUGAUGGCGAGAGUAUCGACAGAGAUAAGGACAAAGGGAACGACUACCAAGGUGGCUACGACGAGGACCUCAUGGAGGUUGAUGAGCAUGCUCGAUAUGGUGGUGGUGGCAUGGUGGGUGUCCCACAAUCAUCAUCCUCCUCCUCCUACUCGUCCUCUUCAAAAGCAUCAUCUCAACGCCUCCCUCCGCUUGUUCUUAGACUCAAGAAAUCCUCGGCCUACUCUGGAGCUUCUACCGAUGCGCUUGACAUGGAAUUCAUCGGUAAAUGA